AUUUUAGAUGAAGUUACAUUACUCUUCGUGGGAGAUAUUUCCUUCUCUGAGCCCAUCAAAUACUAUGUUGACCACAAGUACCAUACGUACAAUGAUACUUUCAAUGACGUGGCUCCUUUCAUCAGAGAGGCGGACAUUUCAGUGGGUAAUUUGGAGUCGCCAUUUGCCAACCAAUAUGCUCUUACUCACCUUUACCGAGGGAGAAAAACAGUUUUGCUAUAUGCCAUUCCUAAAGCUGCAUCAGCGCUCAGGUGAUGGCCUUAUUUUCACUAUUGCUUAAGUAGUGUUCAUCACUGCGAAAAUCGCCUUCAUAUUCACAGUAUCGAUUCUUUUCAUACCUUUUACGACAAUCUCGAGAUGAGCAACAGCGUGAAGAAAUGAUUCUAUGUACAAAAUAAAAUUUGAAUCUAAGAUUGAGCUGAGAUCAUAAUCGCAAGGUUUGCAUUACAUCAGUUAAAAAAUAAAACAAAAGAAACGACAUCAAAAUAUUUAGAAACAAACAAACAGGCGCAAAUACAUUGAUUCCGCCCGCCUAUUGCUUGUCUUGAAGUGAAUCUGAUCAAUACUUAUUGAGUAAAUCCUAACCUGAAUAUUAAGAAAAUAUAAUAAAAAAUUUCAUCAAUACGAUAAAAGAAUUUCAUAACAAGGAAGAAUAUGAAGGUAACUUGCCAAAUAUUUUUUUAGCACCGUUUUCAGCCAUCUCAGAAGUGAGGACCUGGUCUGAAUUAUUUGUUUGCAAUGAGAAGUUUUCAAGCCUAGUAGCAGGGUAUAUAUUGCACAUACCCGAUAGUUAUACUCUUGUAUCCUCCAAGCAGGUUUGCAGGAUUUGAUGCCGUGACUAUUGCCAACAAUCACUUGAACGAUUUAGGUGGUGUAGGAGCCAAUUUCACCACUGAAGUCCUGGAAAAGACGGGUAUAAAGUAUUUUGGAAUAAGUUUCGGAAAAUAUGAUUCCUCUCAGGUAUAGUAACGAAUUGUUUUAAAUCCCAUUUUCCUGGAAACGAGAUGAAAGAAUAUUUAGGUAAAGCAUGGAGAUUUAAUCUCAAACCAAUACAACUAUUUUAUUUGAAAAUAAACGUGUUUAACACUUUAGACAUCUUAGUUAAGCUUUCAACGUUGUAUUAAUAUCGUGUGACCUGGAUAUUUUUAAUAAACGAAUGGAUUACAGCGAGGUAGCUGCAAAUCUUUUCAACGAGAAGUAUACUGUGUAACCAUCACAGUUAACAAUUAUUCACCCGACAGGGUUGAGGAAGGUGUCAUAACUAUCGGUCGGCUUAACGGGCGAUUCACAAUUUAUCAAUUUAGACAGGUGUACUGUAGCUUAGUUGCAACAUUUGGGUACUAGGGCUAGUCUACAUUGAGUCUAGGGAUCCCUGAGGUUGGUGAGGUUAACUGCUUAGCCGUGCUUAAAAAAAAUAGACCAUGUUUACCAUGUUUACAUACAAUCUUACAAUCACGGGAUCCCGGGGUAAAGUUCCGACAGGUUGUUAGCGUACUUGCAAAUGUAACGUGAACGCAACCUUGGCUAGGCGGGUUACCCCAUCUUGAGACGUUUAUAGGAAAAAUUGUGAAUGCCUAUUUCAGGGUUACCUUCCACGGCACACCGGGUAACCCGGCUAGCAGGUUUCUCCAGUUAUUAUAUAAUUAUGAUCAAGAUAAAUUAAGAGGUUAUAUAUAUAUGAACAGGCGUGUUAUCUGACCUACCCGGGGUACUCCACCUCAAUAUAAACAAGCCCAUAUUAAAUUCCAUACAGCAGUAUCUUCCGCUGUUAACUUUGCAUUUACUCCAGCUAGAUCUUAACAGACUUAAUAUACCAAUAUUUUUGAUGUCAUGUUUUAGGAACCUCUCAUUAUUAAAAGAGACAGAAUCACAAUGGCAUUCCUCGGUUAUUGUGUAACGCGCUCCGCAAAGAAAAACUGCAGCGAAAUAAGGAAGUUGUUUAACUCGGGUCCUGCCAUUUAUGAAGAUGAUAUCGCUACUAGAGACAUCAGGAGGCUAAAGAAGGUUUAACUCAAGUUUAAUAUCUUUAUGAUUAUCAGGGCGGUUUUUAAUUGAGUGUCGAAACUGAUCCAGGAUUACUUUGAUUUUGCUUUACUUCGCUUUGUGAUUGGUCCAGAAAAUUGGCGCCUCCUUUUAACUAACGAGAUCAACUUAAACCACCCAUGAUUUGGUUACCAGCGUUUACCUACAUUUCAUGCAGGUUGCCUGUUUAUACUUUGUGUUCUCAUUGGGUAAUGAUGAUGUUUACUAUCGCUCAUAUUGGCUGUUGUGAUACCUUUGGUUUUAGUUAUCCGAAACUCAACUGAAAACUACACUAACUGGGAGGAAAAAAAAUUUUUAUUCAUCUUUUUAUACGCAGAAGGGAAAAGGCUUAGAAUUGUGAACUACAUAAUUUUCUUCUUAAGCCAACUUAAAAUAGCAUCUAGGUAAAGAAUGAAUUGUUAUUCAAACUGAGAAAAACUCCAACAAGAAGAAAAUGCCAUCUUCUGCGUCCUAGAACCUGCGCCCAUAGUUAUUAGUUGGACGUUGUUAUAACCUGGCCGAACUAAGGAAGCCAUGUAUUGGGAUCUUUGGUGGGCUUGCAAAUUUAACCUGUGCGGCUAAAACCAUAGUAAUAAUGAUGAUAUCGACAUUCCACGAGGUAGCUUUCUUGUCCACUGUUUCGUUGUCGAAUUGGAAUUCAGAAUGUUGAUAUUGUGGAAGAAGGAAAACCGAAGGACCUGGAGAAAAACCCUCGGUUCGGGGACAGAACCAACGAGAAACUCAAGUCAGAUAUUACUUCCUUAUUAAUGCUGCGCCAUCCCUGCUCCCGAAACAAUUUAUUUAUCAUCUACUUCGAGUUUUAACUUGAUUUCUAUGCAUUUCAUAUCAUCUUCUUUUAUUUGAAUACAAUAAGGAUCUAUCAUUCUAGUCAUUCUAUAACACGCGUAUUGACUAGUUGUACUUUACCUUAUUUAUUUAUUUAUUUGUUUUACUUCCACAGGCCAAAGUUGACAUUAUAGUCGCUUUCAUGCACUAUGGUAGAGAACUCGCUUUAGAACCCUUCCCCUCCCAAAAGCGCAUAAACAAACACCUGAUGUCUCUUGGGGUGGAUAUGAUCAUUGGAACUCAUCCACACGUUCUUCAGGAUCACUGUCUUCACGAUAAUAAACUUAUCGCUUACAGCUUGGGGAAUUUUCUUUUUCAUACUAACCAACCACCAAGUGCUGUUGAUCCGGUAACGCAUUCAUAUGGUUCAACUAGUGACUACAAGUACCUCUUGACUGAAUGGAAAGGCCGUGUGGGAAAAUGUUUGGGUGGUUGACUUGACGUAAACACCUGGCCGUGCUCGAUCCUUAUGACCUCUCCCCAAAUAUUUCAGUCUUUCUCGAGUAUGGGAAAAGGAAAAAAUAUGAAAGUCUCGUGUAAUGAUUCGAAACUCAGACGUUCCUAUUUAACACCGAACAUCCAAAUAAAAGGAAGGGAACUCUUCGGCAAGCCGGGCCACACUAAGUUCAUUUUUGGGAAACUAGCUUCGAGGAUACUGCUCAGAUCGGCAAUAUAGAAAGCAGCUUUUUUCAUGUAAAGAUGUGGUAAUCAAGGAGAAAGGCUUUAAACUCGCUUUUUGGAUAAAUAUUUCAAGAGAUACGUUUUACCUCUACCUAUUGCUAUAUUCCAAAUAGAAUUACUCUUUCAAAAUCAUCCAUAAUUUUGUCAUUUCUUCGUGUUCAUUUCCCUUUUUUCCAUACUUCUCCCUCUCUGUUUUCUUUCCUUUUUCGUUUUUUCGUACUUGUGUGUUUAUCGUUUAUUUUCCUCGCUCCUACUUGGUUUAUGUUUGCAAGCUUGACGAAAUCCUCUAACGGUACUUCCAAGUUUCUAUAUCCAUGUUCAAUUUCUUUUCAGAACGUUUACGGAAGAUUUGGCGAGAAACCCAAUAAAAAAUUAAUUCAGGAAUAUGAGCAGCUUGCCCUUGGGAACUGCGACGCGUUGAAACUAUCCCGGAUGCUUAAAGUCACCGUUUCAAGGUAUAGUGCUACUUUGCAUCUUAUUUUCCAGGGCUUCUUUAAACCACAAUCAAAUUUUUCAUCUUCAAGCAUUAACUUAAACAAAAAGAAAGCAGUAGUUUGAAAUCUGAAAGGUGCAUUAAUGUUAGGUGCUAUGAAACCUUUGUCCAUGAAGAGAAAUCUGAAAAAUAAGUGUAGGGAUUAAAGAGCGAUACAGGAAGAGUGAGAAAAUUAUGAAAAAGGUGAAUGAUUAGUCAUUAUUGAAAGGCGGAUAUGACUGACAUUCGAGAGUCGAAGAAGUUCUUUGGAUGUUUCACUUUAGCAGUCUAUGUCUGUAAGAUGUUGUCAGAUAUAGGCAGUGAAAAUAAUCAUCAAUCGUUGAUCGGACAUUAUUUGAGUAUAUUGCGUUCGAAGGAAACAAAUAACGUUUUGGUUAAUAGGGUUGUUUCAGUUAAAAAAGUGCCAAAACUUACUUUUAAGUAAUAUAACAGGGCUUUUUUUUUUUUAAUCGAGUGUCAAAUUCGUGAAUACAUGCACAGAACAAACUAGUUUUUUUGUGAUACAGAAAAAUAUAAAGGUAAUAAAGAUAUCAUACGAAGAAAAAAAAUUGUCUGAAAACGAGAGAAUAUGAAUAGUUGAUAUUCUUUAGAUGAAAACUGGCAAAUGGAUCUGGAACAAUAGCUGAGAUGUAAUAUGAGACAGCAGUACUCUGGAUGUCUAUGUACAUCUCACUGAAACAGCGUGUUUUCAAAAACAGCGAUAUUUUUAAAUGAGACUUUCUCGCGAUUUUGAUCGGAAUAAUCAGUUACAAGCAAUCAUUUUCAAUAAGGAGAAAAUAGUUUGUAUAUUUUCAAUUUCUUUCAGUUUCAUUCAAUCAUCUCUCUUUAUAGGAAAGGAGUAGUGGGAGCAAAGUAUCUUCCACUGAAAGUCGCUUUCGAUGAGGAAAAUAAGCGACUGCACCCUGAACCCACAAAGAACGCAAAAUGGAUCACUGUAUGCGGAGCUGAAGAUCAACAUUGUAAAUGUCUCAAGAAUUAG